AUGGGUGUCGGCCUGAUUCUCGAUAUUUCACUAGCUGAAGCUAUGGCCGACAAUAAUAACACCAGGAGUGAUGAGAGCAAUCCUCUGUCGGUGCUUCAGUCGGCGGGUACUAAGAGAGGUCAGGACUCAUUUGAUGGGCCUGCAAGCAAGCGUGCACAUUUUGAAGGAGACGACAGUAAAGAUCUGGCUAUAAAAGUCCUGAUUCCUUCGGCGGCUGUGGGGGCAAUAAUCGGUAAAGGUGGAGAAGCGAUGAGAAAUCUGAAGAAUGACUAUCAAUGCCGCGUUCAAAUGAGCAAAAGCUCCGAGACCUAUCCAGGUGAGUCCUUGUUUUUUUUUAGCGGUAAAGAAAUGUCUUCUGCAGGGCCGUUAUUCCCAGCCUGUGCCAAGUUGAAGAAUCGCGGAAUUGGCGAUUUCAAUUCUCUACUCAGCGAAAUCAAUUUUAUAUCGUGUUGA